CUUGUGUGGUCGAGAUAAUGAUGUCUUUUCAAGAUACAGAAACUAGAUGGCUUGAGCAAUUUGCAGAAAAAGAAAAACCCAUUUUUCUCUUGCUCUGCUAGAAUUUGCUCACUGCAAGUAAGAAUAUUGAUGAAUCCAUAAUGGCCAAUUACAGCUCCAGCUAUCAUGAUGCUAUUUUCGGUGAGUAUUAUCAAACUCCUUAUGGUGGUAACAGUGAUUUUUUUCCAUCACAAUCCUUAGCAUCUCAUUCUAGCUAUGCAUACAACGAUUGUGCUUCUUUCGAGUAUGAUCCGGUGCCUUGUUAUGGUGCUUAUGAUCCUGAUAUUGGUCAGUCGAUAGUUUCAUACUCUUCAUACACUUGCAGUGAGCCUAACUAUGUUGAGUAUGGCCUAGAUCCUUAUGGAGGCGAUUACAGUACCGUUAAGACUCGGUUUAUUGUCUCAUAUUCUGUCUCAGAGUUCAAUGAGCCUGCGUUCGAAGAGUAUGAUCCGACCCCUUAUGGGGGCGGCUAUGAUCCUGAUGCAACAUACGGCAAACCUCUGCCCCCUUCAGAGGGGAUAUGUUAUCCUCUUUCGUCAGUGGAUUCCAAUGAUCUAUCCUUGAAUAAUUUUUCUUAUGGGUCCAUCGAGUCGCCUUAUGGGAAAGAUGGAGUUGAUGAACCCGUAGCGAAACCUAGCAAUGGAAGCAAAACCGCCACAGCCAAAGAUCAAGAGCAGCAAUCCCAGGGCAGUAGUGGAGAUCAUAAUGUAGAUUCCAAAGAGAAGCCUGUAGAUUCAUACCAAGGUGAAGACAGUAAGGAAAACUAUCCCGAUGGUUACUCUUCUGGGAGUGGUCAUGGGAAUGAAUAUGAAAAGAGGGUGCCUCAAAUUCCUCCAGGGUACGGCUUGGAAGCGAUGGACCUUUGUGAAAGUUUGUUUGGUUACUGGCCCUGCUGGGCCCGUGCAAAGAGAGAGAACGAUUAUCGGAAUUGUCAGGGAGUUUGUAGUAAAGUGAGCAAUGACAACUGCCUAUGGGAGGGGAGUGCAGAUUAUCUUUUUGGUAAUUCAUAUCCUUACGGUGAACGAUGGGGCAAUGCAGGUAGUUACGAGCAUCCCAUCUUUAAUUAUGAAAGGCAUUAUCAGGAACAACAUCUAUGUAGGCAGGUGGAGUAUCAUGAGGAAUAUUCAUGGCUGAAUUGAUUCUUUCUUUUUCUUCCUUCUCUUUGCUUUUAGCCAAAAUGGCCGCAAUAAAUAAAGCUGUAAUUAAUGAAGUUUGCAGCAGUGUGAGCAAUUCUAUCUGCAAGUAAGUGUUUCCUCCAUGACUCCCACUAGAUCCAUUAUCUAAUCUGUUCUUUUUCUUUUCUUUGCUUGAAAGCUGUAUGCAGCUGGUCUGAAUAAUUCUAAAGUACUGCUUCAAAUGUUUCAAGUGAUUACCUGAUGUAAAAAUCUGUAAUGUUGUACAUGAUAUUCUGAGAAAUUGGUCCCUCAUGUUUCUGGUCU